UCCAAACACUUAGCUUCGGAUCUAGGUUCGACCAAGAUUAUACAACAUCGACGACUGUGGAUUCCCAGACAGUUACCGAACCUCAGGCUAGGUGGAGAAACAUGGAGAAGCUAUCGCUUGUUGAGUGAUCAUUCAUGGCGAAGAUUUGGCUUGUUGAUGGUAGAACGUUAGCAAAGAGAAUAAAGACAUCAGGUCUUUCUUCCGUAUCUGAAGUCAAGGACAUUGGAGCAAACUGGGAAUGUCCACAAUGCAGUUGCAGAAUAAAUAAACCUGAUGAGUGGCCUGGGCUUCCUAGUGGAGUGAAAUUUGAUCCAACUGAUGUUCAGCUGUUGGAUCAUUUAGCAGCUAAAUCUAGAGUUGGGAAUGGACGACCACAUGAAUAUAUCGACGUGUUCAUUCCUACAAUCGAUGUUGAGCAAGGAAUAUGUUACAAACAUCCUGAAAAUCUUCCUGGAGCAAGAAAGGAUGGAAAAUGUUUUCAUUUCUUUUAUCAGACCAAAAACGCAUACACUAAAGGCCAACGAAAGCUUAGGAAAGUCUGCAAUAGAUCUAGUGUAGAAAAGGAUGUCCGUUGGCACAAGACUGGCAAGACUAAGGCCAUAUUUAAAAAUGGAGUUCAAAUUGGAUUAAAAAAGAUAAUGGUUCUUUAUGGGAGUACUGUUGGGGGAUCAAAACCUUGUAAAACGAACUGGGUUAUGCAUCAAUAUCAUUUAGGAACCAAUGAAGAUGAGAAGGACGGUCAAUAUGUGGUUUCAAAGAUAUAUUAUCAAGCACAAAAGGAGACUCAUGAGAAUACUAAUGUUCGUGUUGUAGAUGAAGGUUCGGAUCCUAGAACUCCAAUGAUCAAUGCUUCUGAUCCACUACGGCCAGGAAAGACUCCACUAUAUGAAGAUGUCACAUGUGAAUAUGUUUUCCAGUCACCAGCACAGGAAUCGGAGUGCUAUGAACAGAAAUACCUUGUUUCUUUUCCUACUGCUGAACUCAAGGAUGAUCUAAGCUUACCGGUGUUUGAGGAUGACUCUAAAGCGACAAAUACGGAUGCAUUUCGUCACUCAUUCUCCAGAGAAGGCAAUACGGAUUCGCAUUACUCUCUGUCCGGUUCGAGUUUCUCUACCAACAAUGCUGCAGGUGCCGCUAGAGACGUAUGUCCUGGAACAACGGCGCUUGAGAAUCUGGACUUGGGUAGUCCACCUUAUGUCAUCAGCCUUGCGGAGCGGUAUUUUCCAUGUGAAGAUAACAUUUGUGGGUGGUUAGAUUGGCUACGAAGAUGAAGUUUUCAACUUUUGGCAUUGGGAUAUCCAUCACACCAGACAGACACACUCCUUAGCAGCUUCCAUAAGAAUUUUGGUUCAUGGAACACCAUCUUGCAGUUUCUGAGUUUGGACUCAUGUAUUUGGUAAUAUGAUCAGUGACAUGUUUUCCAAGUUAAUCUGUUUCUAUGUUGUGAUAGAAACUGUUGCCCAGAAUCUUCUUGACAAACAAUGAAUAUGACAACGAAUGAAAUAAACACAAACUAACCUUGAUUGAAAGAAUACAAA